AUCUCUCAAAAUGGAUAACACCGAUAUUUUACCAAAUCUCGAGCAGCAGAUAUGAACAGCUUACAAAUGAUCCCAGAAAUAUUGUUGAAUUCAGGCCACAAGAUGCCGGUGAUAGGCCUCGGAUCUGCGUCAUUCCCUCCGCUUCCGCAGGAGCAGCUCGUGCCUCUGCUCGUCGAUGCCAUCGCCGCCGGGUACCGCCACCUCGACACGGCGGCGCUUUAUCGCACCGAGGAAAGCGUCGGCGGCGCCGUGUCGGAGUCGUUGCUGAGCGGCCUCGUCAAGAGCCGCGACGAAUUUUUCAUCACAACCAAGCUGCAGAUGACAGACACGCAUCGCGAUCGAGUCCUCCCCGCCCUCCGAGAAUCUCUUCGGAAGUUGGGGUUGGACUAUGUUGACCUAUAUUUGAUACAUUGGCCAGUAAGCAUGAAGAUAGAGAGUACUAAUAAUUCAACUAUAAUAGUGAAUUUUGAAAUGAAAGAAAUUUGGGAGGAAAUGGAGAAGUGCUGCAGAAUGGGUUUAGCUAAAUCUAUUGGUGUUAGUAACUUUAGCACUACUAAACUCUCUGCUCUCCUCCAAAUCGCCACUAUCCAACCUGCUGUUAACCAGGUUGAAAUGAAUGUUGGGUGGCAGCAACAAAAAAUGUUGGAAUAUUGCAAAGAGAAAGGGAUCCAUGUUAGUGCAUAUUCUCCACUUGGUGCACGUGGUUCGUCAUGGGGUAGCAAUGCAGUCAUGGAGAAUUCAAUCCUUGACCACAUUGCAGCUUCCAUGAACAAGACAAUUCCACAGGUGGCACUGAGAUGGAUAUAUGAGCAAGGCGCGAGCAUGAUCGUCAAGAGCUUCAAUCGCGAGAGAAUGAGAGAAAAUCUUCAAGUUUUUGAUUGGAAGCUGAGAGAUGAAGAUGGUGAGAAAAUAAAGGAGAUCCCACAAAACAGGGUUGUUAAGGGGGUGGAGUUUGUUGGUCCAGAUGUUGAAAACAAAUCAGUAGAAGAGCUUUGGGAUGGAGAAAUAUGAAAGCCUAAUAAUGGCCACCUGUGCCUUAUCGAGUUGAUGCCUCAGGAGACUGAAAUUCCACUCAUUGUACAAAAAGCAAGCCAUCACACUAAAUAUUAAUAAAAAGACUAUAUUCCAAAAGUGAUCAUGUAUAUUUGGCAAAAAGAAAAUUAGUCUUGCACAUUAAAUGUAAGAUCUUCUGGUCCUAAAUAAAAUGUUAUGGUUCAUAUUUAA